AUGCUCCGUCAGGAUGUUGAGUUUCGAGUGCUUACUGGCAUGUGCGGUGAGAGGCUGCGCUCCGGCAUCAAUCUCCGACGGCGGGUGACCAUAGAGACAGCGACCUUAACUUCCCACAUGUUACGAGUCGCGUUGUUUAAGUUGUUAUGUUUUUAUGGUGACAGUGAAUUGUACGACAAUCAUAUAAGUGGGAAAAUGGCAUAUGUGCCUUGGCUUAAUCUUAUAAAUCUAAGGAGCUUGGAUCUAUACUCAAAUAAUCUCAGUUGGGUCAUUCCAGGCGUGUUGGGCAAGUUGUCCAAUUUGGAAUUCAUUAAGCUAAACAAUAACAACUUAACGGGCACUGUACCUCAAGCAUUGGCCGACAAAUUCUACCAGAUGAAUGAAGUGGAUCUGACUAACAACCCUCACCUGACCGGCCCGUGUACUGAUACGCCAUUAUGGCUGCCUUUGAGGACUGAGGCAUUUGGUUUAGAGGAGGUGCAGAUGGUUGAUCUGGACUUUGAAUUAGCAUUAUAUGUGAUGGAGAUAGGGCAAGAGGUUCACUAUUAA